AUGGAAAUCGAUUCCAAGAAGAAGGAGUACUUGGAUCACCUGCGCAAAGGCCUUGAGGCGGUCAUAGAGGUCCAGGAGAGGGAGAAUCCAACAACCAGGUUCAAGUGCAAGCUUGUACUGGUGGAGAACAGAGUGGGUUCCUAUGUGUAUUCACUAAGGGUUGUAUCGAUGUCGAGGAAGGCCAAGAUAUCGAAGGUUCUGGGUGAAGAGAAAAAGAUCUUUGUACAAACACCCAAUGGGCCCUUGAAGUGUACGGUUAUAGGGAUAGAGGGGGAUGUGGUCAGGGUCAUCGGGCACAGGAGGCUCAAGGGGUAUGAUUUUGAGGCUGUCCUUGAUCUGAAGCACAACAACAGGAUUCUGUUGGAUAAUCUUGAGCGAUUUGUGGAGUCUCGAAGGGACUUCAGCGAUGCAAUAGUAGAGACAUGGAGAAUGAACGAGGAGUGGGGAUGUCCCGAAAAGGAUGUGUGGGAUGUAAAGAAGAGCAUAGCAGCUGAGACGUCAGACUUGAAUUUCUAUGACUCCUCACUGAAUUCAAGCCAAAGGAGUGCAGUGGAGAUGCUAGGAUGCAGGACUCCCUACAAAAUACUUGGGCCGCCUGGGACUGGGAAAACAAGAACCGUGGUGGAGAUAAUAUCCCAGCUCCUGGCGGCCAACAGCAGUGUUCUUGUGUGCGGGCCUAGUAAUGUGUCUGUCGACAACAUCAUAGAAAGGUUUCUGAGGAGCAGAUACUUUUUGUGCAACCAGCCCUCCUUCUACCGCCUUGGAAGCUCUACAAAAGGUCUCAGCCACCUGAACCUGGACUUUUUGGCAGAGUCGCAUACAAAGUUUAUGAAGGAAGAGAAGGGCGACAGGAGCUUCCGCAGGGACCUGAGGGAGAGGCAGAGAAAGUUUGUUGAGGAGAAGCAAGCCAACUCUCCUGUUGUGUUUGCCACACUUUUUUCUUCUCUCAAGGAAAAAAGAAAGUUUGACUGGGUUUUAGUUGACGAGGCGUGCCAGGCAUCAGAAGCAGAAUCCUUUCUUGCGGUUGUCAAGGGGAGGGCAUUCAUUCUAGUUGGGGACCCUAUGCAGCUAUGCCCAGAAACCUCGUCCUUAUACGAAUCACUUGCUCUCCCAACCAUGCUUCUAAAUGAGCAGUACAGAAUGCCUUCAGAUCUUUUGAGGUUUAGCAACGAGGUGUUCUAUAGAGGUCAGGUCAAAAGUGCCACAAGGGAAUGCACGCCCGUCUUUGGCAAAAGCUUUAUUUUGUUUGUUGAUACCCAGUACUUCGAGCUCUACGAGAGCGGAGGCGUUUCAAAGUCGAAUAUUGGCGAAGCUGAGAUAGUCCGAAGCAUUGUUGGGAUCCUCAAGGAAGAGCAGGUCGGCAUCAUAGCACCAUACACAUCCCAGGUCCUGCUUCUGCGUGAGAUGGUGGAUGUGGAGGUCUCCACCGUGGACGGAUUCCAAGGGCAGGAAAGAGACUACAUAAUACUAACGCUGGUGAGGUGCAACGAUAGGGAUGACUUCGGCUUCUUAGACAACGGAAAGAGGCUUAAUGUUGCAUUGACCCGGUGCAGAAAAGGACUUGUGAUUGUUGGAGACUCCAGAACAUUCAGGAGGUCGGAGACUUUCCGAAAGCUAUUCAGGUUCCUAGGGGACAACUCCUUGUGCCUGGACCCCGAGACAUUGAAGGACUUCGUAGCAGCAAAAAGAUAA